AUGAUCCUAAAAACAGUUCAGCUCUUCUUGGCUGUGGAGCAUAACCAACCCCAUUCUAUAAAACCAGAAAAUGAUGCAAAUAUUUCGUCAUUUAUUCUUCUGGGAUUUUCAGAGGUACCAAAAUUACAGGUCCUCAUCUUUGGGCUGUUCCUUUCCAUGUAUCUGAUCACUGUCCUUGGGAACCUGCUCAUCAUCCUGGCCAUCAGCUCAGACCCCCACCUCCACACACCCAUGUACUUCUUCCUGUGCAACCUGUCCUUUGUGGACAUCUGCUUCACCUCCACCACUGUCCCCCACAUGCUGGUGAGUAUACAAAGAGAGAAUAGAGCCAUCAGCUAUGAAGACUGCGUCACUCAGAUGUUUUUUGCCUGUGUCUUUACAGCAUUAGAUGAUUUUCUCCUGACUGUGAUGGCCUAUGAUCGCUUUGUGGCCAUUUGCCACCCACUCCACUAUACAGUUAUCAUGAACCCUCGGGUUUGUGGGCUGCUGGCUCUGGGAUCCUGGAUCCUGGGUAGCCUGGCAUGUUUGUUACAAAAUACAUUAUUGUUGCGAUUGUCUUUCUGCAUGGAUGUGGAAAUUCCCAACUUUUUCUGUGAACUCAAAAUGAUGGUGCAGCUUGCAUGUUCAGACACCUUUGUUAAUAAUCUGGCGAUGUAUUUUUCAGCCGUUCUGCUGGCUGCUGCUCCCAUGGCUGGCAUCAUUUACUCUUAUUCUAAGAUCAUUUCUUCCAUAUGUAGAAUUUCAUCGGCUCAGGGAAAGUUGAAAGCCUUUUCCACCUGCGCAUCUCACCUCUCGGUGGUCUCUUUGUUUUAUUGCUCCUGUCUUGGAGUGUAUUUUAGCUCUUCUGCCACCCACAGCUCAUUGUCCAGUUCAACAGCCUCCGCCAUGUACACGGUGGCUGCCCCCAUGCUGAACCCCUUCAUCUACAGUCUGAGAAACAGAGACAUAAAGAGGGCCCUGAAAGCGUUCUUGUUGAAGAGAUAG